CCUUAACCACCACCACCCAGAAGGAGGGAGCCGUGUUAUCGCUUGAAAGUGGUAGAGGAGUCAGGUUAAAAGGAACAUUUAACCGUGUCUCGGCCCCACCCAAUCACGGAAAAACAAGCGUAUACACGUCUGUGUAGACAACGCACGCGUCUGUACAACGAAACGAAGAUGCAGCAGCCAGCUGUAUAGACGCCAUGCCAUGAGCGACCGACAAACACAAAACACACUCUCUCCGCCCACUUAUUCUCUCAGGUACACUCCCCCCGCCACUGAACUGAUUAGUCAGAUGCGUAUUCGUAUCAGUCGGUGUCUCUUCUGUAUCGUGGUGGUGUAUGCUAUGGGCGCCGUCUUGCUCACAGCUCGCCCUCCUUGGUCGACCCGCGGUGCUUGGCGACCGUCGAGUCGACUGAUCACACCCACCCACCCACACACACAUGCAUAUAUAUCCAUGCGUCUGUACAUGUGUGUGGUGCGGUGUGCUGGUGUACGUGUGUACCUUGGAUGCUGGCCGUGGCCCAAGGCCCGCGCUUUGGGAACUUGAGAGUAUUCUCGGGCUGCAUGUAUCAUCAAAUGCACUUGCAUACGCGCGUGAGUGUGUUUGUAUGUACCCAGCAGUCGAGUUCUCCUUGAAAGAUACCGCAGAUGCAAUCCUCAACAUCGCCGCCGUGCUGUGUUGGCACACACACAUGCAUACACGAUGCAUCCAUCUCAAAGAGAAUUCCAUCGCAUACGCGCUGGAAUUUGCCGCAGUGGGUGCCAAGGGUGUCCUGAGAACACUUUAUCACGUCCGAGAACCCCCCCGGAAGCGGUGUAAAGCACCUGCCGCCCUGCGUAUCUGCACUCGCCCGCAGGCAUGAAUGCAUUCAGAAGAGACGCAUCUCUGUUCCUUUCGUCUGUGCGGUCAUCCAUCCAUCCAUCCAUCCAUCCACGUAUACCUAUCUGGGCGAAGGAGCCGUCCUCGUCAGUAUUCUUGCUGUGCUUGGUGGCCGUGGAAUCGACUGCACAGUGCAGAGACCCCACACAUCAUGCGCACAUGCAGAAAUCCAUGACUCGCGUGUGCACACCGUCACAUGUGUAUGGAUCAGUCAGCGCUCCCUCACUCUCUUUGGUGCCGUCUUCUUCGGCGAAUGCAGGUUCCGGAGGCACACAGUCGCCGGCAGGACCCUCCGCCCAGCCGAGAGGACACUAUAAUCAACACAACAAGACCCCCAUACGCGUGAAUGCAUUCGUCGGCCAUCGAAACGUACCCGCAUCUUGACGUCAUGGGUUUUCGUGCCAUCAGCGAGGCUCGCCAGGAACCCAGUGGCCAGCAGCACCACCACCAAACGCAACAUGGAGGAACCGAAAGCUGAAACCUUGG